AGCCGAUUAGUUGCUGAAUGGAGUGAUUGCUUCGUUUUCUUAUCAGGGGUUCUGACUCAAAAGGCCAGAAGAAAUGGUUGAAGCCAAUUCUGCCGGUGGUGGGAACAUGACAACACUCGACGACUUGAUCGAGACUUUGGAUCGGCGAGAUCCGGCGCGUGGAAGUGUUCCGAAGGUUGAAACCUUCUUGUUCAAGGGAGAGCGGGUCUUAGAUUGGCUCGAGUUGGUCGAGCAGACGAUGGUUGGAGUAGCGGAUGCGGUGAAAUUCCAACGUAUCUUGGAGUACGUGUACCAUGGUCUGCACGAAGAAGUCAAGAAGGUUAUAAUGGCAUCAAAUGACGGUUGGUCCCGAUUUAAAGAUGGGAUGCAGAGGAAAUAUCGGUUGGGUGAUGGGCUGCUAACGGCGGCGGAUCUGGAAGCCGUUAACAGGAAUGACUACACCACCGUUGGGACGCUGACCGAGGACUUUAAGAAAAAGGUGAGAAAGGUCCCUAGAAUUCCGGAAGAGGAACAGUGUGCCAUCUUCGUCGGAUUGUUCAAAUCUAAAGAGGCCCAGGAGCUCACAAGCAAGGGAGGGGGAGGUGAGAAACUUACCUGGGCUACGAUUGACAAAGGAGUGCAGGAAGGUGACUUGGACGAGGUCCACCAGUUCCAAAUGCACGGAACGGGAUGCGGGGACUACGGGAGCCCCAGAUAUGAAGAAGGUUGUGUCGGAUGUUCUAUAAGAAUUGGGGAUUACUAAAGAUUAGAUAGAAGAGAGGAAGGUGGUGACCAUCGUCCAAGGUCGGGGGAAAGAGGGCGUAGGAGAGGAGGCUGGGCAAGAAGACUAUGGCGAGGAGGAAACGGGUUCCCAAGUCCUCACCAAGGCGCACCGCAAGCAGCGCAAUUGUAACGC